CUGGAAAACAAACGAUUUGUUGGUUUUGUUGUCGCAGGCUCACAAGCAUGUGUGUUUGCUUGCAGCGCUAAAAAUUUAUUCAAAUAAAAUUUAAAUUUUUUAUUUUGUUAAAUAACGUAUUAAAAAUGCAAAGCGAUGAUAUCAUAUGGGGUAUCAUCAAUAACACGUUUUGUUCUCAUAAAAUAAACACAAAAACUCAACAGUUUUGCCGUAAUGAAUACAAUUUAACUGGUCUCUGUAACCGAAGUUCUUGCCCACUAGCAAACAGUAACUAUGCCACUAUUAGAGAAGAAAAGGGUGUUUGUUUUUUGUACAUAAAAACCAUUGAAAGAGCUGCUUUCCCUGCGAGGCUAUGGGAGAAAGUAAAGCUUUCAAAGAAUUAUGAAACAGCUUUGGAACAGAUUGAUGAAAAUUUGAUAUAUUGGCCACAUUUUAUUCGUCAUAAAUGCAAGCAAAGAUUUACAAAGAUUACUCAGUAUAUUAUUCGUAUGAGAAAACUGAAACUUCGAAGACAGAAAGAACUAGUCCCAAAACAAAGAAAAAUUGAAAGACGAGAGAGGCGUCGUGAAGAAAAAGCCUUGGUGGCUGCUCAGUUGGAUACAGCUAUUGAAAAAGAACUUGUUGAUCGUCUGAAGAGUGGUUUGUAUGGAGAUAUUUACAACUUCCCUCAAAAAGCUUUUGAAAAUGCAUUGAAGGAUGAAGAAAUUGAGAGCGAAAUUGAGGAAGAAGAAGAGGAGGAGGAGGAAGGUGUUGGCGAACGGGUGUAUGUUGCUGACGAAGAUUUUGAAGAAAGUGAUAUCUCAGACUUAGAAGAUUUCGGAAAGAAUGCGGAAUCUUCGAGUUCGGACGAUGAAUCAAAACAUAAACGUAAGCGCCUUGUCAAGAAGAAAGCAUAUGUACAAAUUGAAUACGAAAAUGAAGAAAGACCCAAAGAGAAAAUGUUGCAAACAGAACUACAUGCAAUGGAUGAAUAAAUGUUUUAUUUUUCA